AUGGUCCGUCACCCUCUGCCGCUGCCUCCCUCUAUGGUUUUUGGGCUCCCCUGCUCUUCUGGGGGACCCGGGACCAAGGCAAGUUACUUCAGGAUGGAGAGCGGGGAGCAGAACCGGAAACUUACAUUCUCCGGUCUGCUCCGGGUUAACAGUGAGUCUGAAACAGGAAGUCCCAUGGAGGACCAGCCAUCUGGUUAUGUGCUCCCUGAAGGAAAAGUGAUGCCUAAUACUGUUUUUGUUGGGGGCAUUGAUAUUCGGAUUGAUCACCAUGAAAUUAAAGACUUUUUUUCCAAGUUUGGUGCAGUAAAAGAGGUGAAAAUAAUUACUGAUCGCACUGGUGUCUCCAAGGGCUACGGUUUUGUCUCCUUUUAUGAUGACAUCGAUGUUCAGAAGAUUUUAGAUUCACAGAUCAGCUUUCAUGGAAAGAAACUAAAACUCGGACCAGCUAUAAGAAAGCAAAGCACAUGCACGCACUUACAACCAAGAACUGUGAUGCUUAGCACUCCAGCACCACAAUAUCAGAGCAUGUGGAACACUCCUGUCACAGAUGCAUAUGUUCAGCCCACGCCUAUGUUUAGUCCUAUUGCACCUUAUGUUCAGACUUGCCCUUACCCAAACUCACCAGUCAUGUUACAGCAAAUACCCAUGACAUACCAGCAGCCAGGAUAUUUUCAGGUGGCUCCACAAUGGGCUGGUGGCGAUCAAAGGAGCUAUGUAUUUCCUCAGGCCUUUAAUUGGAAUUUUACAGGAAAUGACCUUGAGACAGCCUGUUGUGAAAUGCUGCAAGCUGACUAUACAAUAUCAGAGCAAAAUGCCUCCUUGGGUUCAACGAGUCCCCAAAAGAAAAUUGACCGAAGCAUACAAACUGCUGUAUCCUGUCUGUUUUCUGGCGAUGGAAGGUUCCAGAAGCCUUUUUUUCAAGAUGAUUUCCUGAAGAACAGAAGAGUGCAUCAGUUCAAAAGAAGAUCCAUGUUUAGGUCCACCUUGGAAAAAUCGGGAGUGUAA